GUGUGAUUCUGCCGUGAUAGAAACCAAGGCAGCCUCUGCCUACUCUACAUGCUGGUGGACGGGGCAGCGGAGGUCGGCGAAGACGGUGUCCUUUGGGCGAGAAGCAUGGGCAGGGGGCGAAAGGUACUGGUGCGGGAAAGGUGGUUAGUGGCCUCCCCUGCUGGUGUGAGGAAUAUAAAACACGGGCAUUUCUAUCUCGCUUUCUCGUCUGCAUCUAUCACGCUCCUUCCCACCCAAGUCGCUCCUUACCAUGGACCCGCCCCACCACCUCCAUCUCCCCGCCGCCCCCUACGGCAAGUUCCAGCCCCUCGUCAACUCUCCCUCCGCCACCACCCUCCCCACCACCCCCGUCACCCCCUAUGACCUCUCUACCGCAUCCGCUUCCACCCUCGUCGACGGCAGACAUGACUACUUUCGAUACAGGGCUGAGCCCCCAGCGGCAGGGGCCAUCGAGAUAUCACGGUGGAGAUUCUGGGCCAUCUUUGGAAGCUUGUGCAUCGUCGUCUUCUUGUUCGCCCUCGACCAACUUAUCGUCGCUACUGCAUUGCCCAAGAUCACUGCCGAGUUCGACGCCCUGUCUCAGAUGUCUUGGAUAUCUUCCGGCUACUUCCUCACCCUUCUCUCAUUCAACCUCCUUUACUCGCAAUUCAUGAACAUCUUUCCCUCCAAGCACGUCAUGAUCUUUGCCAUCCUCGGCUUCAACGCCGGCUCUCUCGUCUGCGGCCUGGCGCCCAAUAUGACUGUCCUCAUCAUCGGGAGGGUGAUCAGCGGAGCGGGUGCGGCGGGACUGUUUGGAAGUGGGAUGGUCAUCAUUGCCGAGCUCACUCCUCUUCACUCGAGGGGGCAGUAUUUUUCGGGCUUUGGUAUCUGCUUUGCCAUCGCCAGUGUCGUCGGGCCUUUGCUUGGCGGGACGUUCUCUGACCACGUCACUUGGAGAUGGUGCUUUUACAUCAACCUUCCCCUCGGCGCUGUCACCAUCGUCUCCAUCCUCCUCUUCCAACCCUCCACUCCCCCUCUCGGCCUCGCCGAUACGUACACUGGCUACUCCUGGAACAUGCUCAAGCAGGUGCUCCUGUGCGACUGGGUCGGUGUCUGUCUUUCAACAGCAUGGGGAACGUGCUUUAUCUUGGCCGCCCAGUGGGCUGGAGUGAGCAAGCAUUGGAACAACUACAGCGUCAUCAUCUGCUGGGUGGGCACCGGGGUGCUCCCCUUUGUGUUUUGCUUGUAUGAGUGGUUCAGGAAGGACAAGGGCUACUUUAGAAUCAGGUUGCUGAGUAGAAGGAACAUUGGUGGAGCUGCUAUCUUGGGAUUCUUCACCUUUGGCCUCUACAUGAUUCUCGUCUUCUACCUCUCCCUCACAUUCCAAUCCGUUCACCAAAUCUCUGCUACCGGCGCGGGCAUCCGCCUGCUCCCCCUUAUCGGCGCCCUCGUAGCCUUCCUGAUCAUCUCUGCGCUCCUCAUCUCGCGCUUUAGCCGAUACAAGGCCGUUAUCUGCGCCGGGCCGAUUUUGCUCAUUGCCGCGUCGGUCCUCUUCUCCACUAUUAACUCGGGUACGUCCCUGGCAAAGCUGUAUGGAUAUCAAGUGAUCCUCGGGGCCGGAUUGGGCUGUUGUAUGCAGAAUAUCAUGCUGGCGGUGCAGAAUGAGCUGAGGCACGAGCCGGCAGUGCUGUCGAUGGGUACCGGCCUGGCCGUCUUCGUCGGCUUUGCGGGCCGUAUCCUCGGCCUGAACGUGGCCCAGUCCGUCUUUGAAAACAUGCUCCAACGCAACCUCCGCUCCCAAAUUCCGACCAUCUCUUCCGAACUCAUCGCAUCCAUCAUGAAUGACGCCGCGUCCGUGUGGACCGUCGUGCCCGACCAGCUGAGGCCCGAUGUGCUGAAAGCAUGGUGCAAGACUGCUAGUGAGGUCUUUAUGAUUUGCAUCCCACUGGCAGUCUUGGCGCUUGUGGGAGGACUUGUGAUGAAGAAUUCGAGGAUGGCGACAAAGGAGGAGGAGGAAGAGGAGAAGCACGUCGGGUACGGGCUCGGGCUCGGGGGCGGAGGUGGAAACGGGAGUGGAAGUGUAAAGUAUGCGGAGAGCACGAUCAGCAAGGCGAACCAUGACUGGGAGGUGGGCACAUGGGCGAGCUCGGACAAGGCGGUCGUCGUUGUGGAUGGACCGAGGGGUAUCCUCCUGAACGGUCUGAAGAACCAGGCAGAGUAGAUUUUAUACAAAAGGACAUUCACUCAUCAUUCGAACGGCUUUGUCUGUGGAUAGGGUUUUGGCUGUUGAUGCCAUGUAUCGCGCAUACAGCACAAGGUGAUACAGUCUACAGUUACAUCGGCGUAUUUACGCGUCUACUUACGCGCCGGGCUUGUUUUCUGUACAUACCGUGCACCAUGAUCCAGAAGUCUUCUCGUGGUCUCGAUCACCACUGGUUUCGCGAGAUUGAGCGUGCAGCGGCAGCAAGCUCGACACUCAUGUAUAGUUCCUUGUAGCGAGGCACGCUGCCCUGCCCGAGUCUUCUGCCGGGGUGCAUCCUAUGCGUAUGUAUCCAAGACAGAAGUCAGAAGCACGCAUGGCCUGGGGCAGGCGAUAGAGGCAGUGGGUAGUCCCCGGCCGAGCUUGAUAUGCAGCGAUGCAUGGCAUCCUCAC